AUGGCAGGGAAGAUUGCACCAUGGUUUGUAUUGUUAGUUUCGGUCAUUAUCUGUGUACUAGAGGGAAGUGCGUGGGGACAAAGUGCUACUGUGGGAUCCACAUACCACCUCUACAAUCCAGCCCAAAUCAAUUACGACUUGCGGGCUGUUAGUGCAUUCUGCUCAACAUGGGAUGCCGAUCAAUCCUACGAAUGGCGCAGCAAAUAUGGAUGGACUGCAUUUUGCGGACCUGCUGGCCCUAGCGGAGAGGACGUUUGCGGAAAGUGCCUCUUGGUGACAAACACUGGGACAGGAGCACAAACAGUGGUGAGAAUUAUUGAUCAAUGCAGCAACGGAGGGCUAGACUUGGAUGUGAAUAUGUUUAACCAAAUUGACACCGACGGUAGUGGCUACGCAUCAGGCCACCUUAUCGUCAACUACGAUUUUGUCGACUGCGGCGACUAA